GGAUUCCUGUGGUGGCGGGCAAAGGACGGCCUGCCGUGGUCCAUCGUGAAGUCAUGGCAGUGCCCUUUGUGGAAGACUGGGACUUGGUGCAAACCCUGGGAGAAGGUGCCUAUGGAGAGGUUCAACUUGCUGUGAAUAGAAGAACUGAAGAAGCAGUUGCAGUCAAGAUUGUAGACAUGAAGCGUGCCAUAGACUGUCCAGAAAAUAUUAAGAAAGAGAUCUGUAUCAAUAAAAUGUUAAAUCAUGAGAAUGUAGUGAAAUUCUAUGGUCACAGGAGAGAAGGCAAUAUCCAGUAUCUAUUUCUGGAGUACUGUAGUGGAGGAGAACUUUUUGACAGAAUUGAGCCAGACAUAGGCAUGCCUGAACAAGAUGCUCAGAGGUUCUUCCAUCAACUCAUGGCAGGGGUGGUUUAUCUACAUGGUAUUGGGAUAACUCAUAGGGAUAUUAAGCCAGAAAAUCUCCUAUUGGAUGAAAGGGAUAACCUCAAAAUCUCUGACUUUGGCUUGGCAACAGUGUUUCGGCAUAAUAAUCGUGAACGUUUAUUGAACAAGAUGUGUGGUACUUUACCUUAUGUUGCUCCAGAACUUCUAAAGAGAAAAGAAUUUCAUGCAGAACCAGUUGAUGUUUGGUCCUGUGGAAUAGUACUUACGGCAAUGUUGGCUGGAGAAUUGCCAUGGGACCAGCCCAGUGACAGUUGUCAGGAAUAUUCUGAUUGGAAAGAAAAAAAGACAUACCUCAACCCUUGGAAAAAAAUUGAUUCAGCUCCUCUAGCUUUGCUGCAUAAAAUCCUAAUUGAGAAUCCAUCAGUAAGAAUUACCAUCCCAGACAUCAAAAAAGAUCGAUGGUACAACAAACCUCUCAAGAAAGGGGCAAAGAGGCCCCGAGUCACUUCAGGUGGUGUAUCAGAGUCUCCUAGUGGCUUUUCUAAACACAUUCAAUCCAGUUUGGACUUCUCUCCAGUGAACAGUGCCUCUAGUGAAGAAAAUGUGAAGUACUCCAGUUCCCAGCCAGAACCACGGACAGGUCUUUCUUUAUGGGACACCAGCCCUUCAUAUAUUGAUAAAUUGGUACAAGGGAUCAGUUUUUCCCAACCCACAUGUCCUGAUCAUAUGCUCCUGAAUAGUCAGUUACUUGGCACCCCAGGAUCCUCACAGAACCCUUGGCAGCGCUUGGUUAAAAGGAUGACACGAUUUUUUACCAAAUUGGAUGCAGACAAAUCUUAUCAAUGCCUGAAAGAGACUUGUGAGAAAUUGGGCUAUCAGUGGAAAAAGAGUUGUAUGAAUCAGGUUACUGUAUCAACAACUGAUAGGAGAAACAAUAAACUGAUUUUCAAAGUAAAUUUGGUAGAAAUGGAUGAGAAGAUCUUGGUUGACUUCCGGCUUUCUAAGGGUGAUGGAUUAGAAUUCAAGAGACACUUCCUGAAGAUUAAAGGGAAGCUGAGCGAUGUUGUGAGCAGCCAGAAGGUUUGGCUUCCUGCCACAUGAGAGAUCCACUGGAUUCCUGGUGAAUAUAGUGCUGCUAUGUUGACAUUAUUCUUCCUAGAGAAGAUUAUCCUAUUCUGCAAACUGCAAACAAUAGUCUCUGAAGAGUUGUCUUCCCUCUAGCCAAACAUUUUCCAAUUCUUUUUGUAUGUUCUUCAUACAAACAAUACCUAUAUCUUCAUUGUAAGUAAAGCUUUGGGGAACGGAUGGAUAGAAUUCAUUAGAUAUUUCUUCAUCCUGUGUUUAGUGUCUAAAGACCCAUGUGAUGGAAACCAAGCUUUGGGGAUACAUGAGCUUACCAGCUUUUAUACCAGUGUAAUGAAAGAUAUUCUUGUCGCAUUGUUAACAAAACAUUUGGUUUCAUCCAAAAAGUAGGUGUUUCCUAUGUUGAUUUAAUUAUAUGGAUGGAUUAGUAAUAAAGCAAUCCUGUGACUUUUGGACGGUAGAUUUAUCAGUCUAUAAAGUGAAGCCAACUUCAAAAAAUAUAUCCCCAUGAUUUGUACUUAUAUUUUCACAAGGGCCUUACCAAGUACAUAAAUCUUUUUUUGAAUUAUAACUGUUACUUAAAAUUGCAAGUAGGUAUGUUUUCUCCAUUGUAGUUAAUAAUAUAUAAAAUACUGGUUUGUCUUUCAAGUAGAAGUUAAGCAUGGACUCUAGUGCUUAACUACCUUUACUGUAAAAUUACUAUUGCACAUUUUAAAUAUUUUUCUAUAUUAUUUUCUACUUUCACAGCCAUAUUUUAAUUCUUUAUUACAGAAAUAAAUUCUAUUUUGAAAAUGAA